AUGAGAGGUGUGAGCUAUGGAAAAAUUCCACAUGGGCAGAAUCAAACACUACAGUGCAACCCCGGCUAUGACGGCUACUUCUUAAUUCAAUGUGUGGAUGGCGAAGUCAUCCAUUUGGAGGGCAUGUGUCACAUGGAUUGCAUCGUGGGGACCAUCACAUCCAACACCAUCACACUGCCUCAUGUGGCCAUGAAGCAUGGAGAGAACACCACCGUGGAGUGCCCCAUCGAGACGCACACGGGGAAUAUCACCGUCCUGUGCGAUGAUGGACAGGCCAAGAUGGUGGAAGGCUUCUGCGGAUUGAAUUGCUCUGCCGGAUCGAUCCGUUCCAAUGGGGCACUGGUGCGAUAUCCGGGCAUACCGCACUACGAGCGACUGACACCUGGCAUGAUACUGGCACGAGUCGACAUGAUCGAGUUCCGCUGCUAUGACGGAAGUAUACGCUUCGACGGUGUGUGUGGGCGACAGUGCCCGGGAGGGAGAUUGUCGAAUAACGGUGCAACAGUCUUCUAUGGGAAUCUCAAUCAUUCGGAGGUGGCCAAUUUCAGCUGCGAGACCUUGUUCCAAAGCGAGCUCACCUUCUCAGGUCAGCUGGAAGUGGCCUGUUGGGAUGGUCGCGUGAGCAGCACUGGUGGCCAGUGCUUCCCCGACUGCUCUCGAGGUGAAAUCAACAACAACGGUGCCAGAAUUCUCGUGCCACCUUUGCUAGCCGGUGAGUCGAUCCUCACUCACUGUGAGCCGUCACAGGCCUAUGGCAUGGUGACAGUGAGCUGUUUGGAAGGCUUUCAGCGUGUCACCAGCGGUUCCUGUGGAGAUCCCUGUCCUGCGGGGCCCUUUUCCAAUGUGAACACGCGGCAUACGCCGAUUGAGCUGGAAGAGGUUUGGCACGACACCGGUGUGUGGAAGGACUGUCCGUUGGAUUUGAGCGGUCGAGUCUACAUCAAUUGCUUCGAUCGUAUCCUGCGGGUGCUCGAAGGGCAGUGCGGCGAGCGCUGUCCAGCGCAGCAGAUCACCAUGUCCGGUGGUCCUCGGUUGGAUCACGCAGAAACCUUUCUUCAACCUUGCCUGGAGCCAUACAGCAGCCACAUCAACUUGACCUGUUGCUUGGACGAAUUCUAUUUUGGCAAGAGCCCAUGGCAAGGGAUCGACGAAGGUCACUUCGGUGAUCUUUCGGUGACGAGCAACUGCCAGCUGGGCUGCUUCGCGGGGAGCUUCACAACUGCAAAACCACCCAGCGACGAGAUCCAGAUGUCGGGGCUUCAUGCCUUCAGUCUCGGUCAUUUGUGCCUGGGAGUGGAUUCGGUACCGAGCUGGUCGAGCGGGAAAGCAGCCUCGCGAAAGCCGCGGGUCCGGAGAGGGGAAGGUGUCAAUGGCACCAUGGAGCGUGACACAGGGGCUUGCCAUGCUCAUUGCUCUGCUGGACGCUUUCGGGGGCCGACGGAUUAUGCCAUCAACCACGAGGAGCUACUUGGCACCAUCGACACACAUGGCUGCGCGGCACUGCGUGGCACUGCGUGGCUGAAGCCGGUUCGUUUGGGGCACCCCAGCUUUCAAGACGGGUACACGCGACUUGACAAGAUGCCAGGCUUUUUGGGUACCUUGCGCCUUCGCUGCCUGGGCACAGUGGUCAUCGACAGUGGCGAGUGCAUGCGGAACUGCAUUGACGGAGUCUUCAGGGUUCGCGAUGGCAUCCUGAUGAACUACCAGGCCAUGGAGCACAACCAGCUCAGCAACGAGAUGACGCUCCGAGGGAGGAUUUGCCCGCGUGGCUACGUUGGCUCCAUUCGGCUGAGCUGCUUCGAUGGCAACGUCGGGCUGCAUUCGGGAAAGCCGCUUGGAAUGGAUGACAGGUCGAGGGAUGGUUCCAACAUUUCUGCGCCCUACAUCGAGCAUUUGCAGACGGCCUCACAGCAGUGCCCGAACAGCAUCCCCGGGCUCUUGGCUUUGCGUUGCCAGGAGACUCACCGUUUCGGAAGAAGUGGAAGGAGCGUGUGA